GCCCUUUCAUUAGUUAAAGUGUUACUAAACCCAGGACCCUGCAUUCACUAUAUCUGGUCUCCCACAGACCCUGCAUUCACUAUAUCUGCUCUCCCACAGUACACAGAACAUAGAAAUGCAAUUACCACAGAACAUGGAACUGCUAAAUACCUUUUCUCAUCAGCAGUUAGAGCAGUCUUGUGGCUUCUAUCAGUGUCCAGCACAGCACUGACUAAAGCUUAGGAGCAGUUUUAUUUCUGCUCUAG